CAAUGGGCAAAUAAUAUGCUAGAGAGCCAGCAGUUGCUAAAAAAUCCGCUAAGGCUAAGGCAAGUGAUUUGAGAACUCACUUUAAGAAUACCUAUGAAGUAGCUAGAGCACUUAAAGGAUAAACCCUUGCUUAAGCACUUAAAUAUUUACAAGAUGUCUUAUAGCAUAAGAGAUGUGUUCCAUUCACCAGAUUUAAUGGAGGUGUAGGCAGAACAAGUUAAGCCAAAGAAUUCGGCAGAUCAUAAGGUAUAGAUUUUUACUAAAUUUAUUUAAGGUAGAUGGCCUGAAAAGAGUGUAAGAAUGGUUCUAUCACUCUUGUAAAAUUUGGCUGCUAAUGCCUAAGUUAAGAAUUUGAGUAAUGAAAAACUGAUUAUCAAUCAUGUAUAAGUCAAUAGAGCUUAAAAAGGUAGACGUCGAACAUAUAGAGCUCAUGGAAGAAUCAAUCGUAAGAUAUAUGAUUUAUUUUAAUAGCAUUCUUAUCAUCUAAUGCACACAUUGAAAUAUGGGCUGCUGAAAGAGAUGAAAAUGUUAAGAAAGAAGCAAAUAAUAAAGUUGUUGCUCGUUAAUCAAGAAAAUAGGCUGCUAGAUCCAAAUUAGCUAUUGGUGCAUGAG